AUGAAACCCCGGGUCAGGGCAUCGAAAGAGGAUUGGCAAGAGUGCAUUGAGACAAUGGGAAGGGAUGGAAAUAUUGUGGAAAAGUUGCGUGAUGAAUUAAAUGUCGAUGCAUUGCAGCUAGUGGCUACAAUGAAGAGCCUGAAGAAAUCGACAAUAGAAAGGCAAUCAGGGAGCGGUAUAAAGGAAGAGGCACGGGAUGGGCCCACAGAAUGGAGCGCGCUCAGGACGCAACUCGAGCACCUCCGCAAUUCGUUUGGAACUGGGAUCAGCCAGCACAGUAGUGCGUCGUUGCUCAGUCCGUUGGACUAA